AGCUGCUCCUUAAGGGAACCUGUGCCCAUCUCUCCCUGCAGGUGCCCGUGUCUGUCUCUCCCUUGAGGCACCCGUCUCUCCCUGCAGUCACCCCAAGAGGGGCUUGUGCCCAUAUCCCGCAUCAUCUGGUGUUCUCUGCCGCCCCCCAGCCAUGGCCUUUGGAGACCUCCUGGAGAAGGUGGGCAGUGCAGGUCCCUUCCAGCUCCUCUGUGUUCUGCUGCUCACCGCGCCUGCCCUUCUCAUUGCCAGCCACAACCUGGUGCAGAACUUCAGUGCCGCCUCCCCUGAGCACCAGUGCCGCCCUCCGCCACCGGGCACCAAUGCCAGCUGGGUGGGCAACACCACUGCAGCUCGUGGGGGGCUCUCCCUGGUCCCGAGCCCAGAACGGUGCUGUUGCUUGGUGGGCACCCAUGGGCAGCAUCCAAGAUCCAACAGUUCGCUGGGCAGGGCAGGCGAGACAGAACCCUGCCGGGACGGAUGGUACUACGACCGCAGCACCUUCUCCUCCACCAUCGUCACUGAGUGGGAUCUGGUGUGUGAUCUGGGCCCCCUCCCGGCGCUGGCGCAGACGCUGUUCAUGGCAGGGGUGCUGCUUGGAGCCCUCCUUUUUGGAGUCUUCUCGGACAGGUUUGGGCGACGGGUCAUCCUGCUGUGUUCUCUGCUGUUGAUGGCUGUCAUGGGAACUGGGGCUGCCUUGUCCUCAGACUUCCUCACCUACUGCGCCUUCCGCCUGCUGAGUGGGGUUGGUCUGUCUGGCUUCCUCCUCAACUACAUCUGCCUCAGUCUGGAAUGGGUCCCCACCAAGUCCCGUGCCCUGGUGGUGACAUGGCUGAGUUACUGCAGCACGGCAGGCCAAGUGGUGCUGGCUGGCCUGGCCUACGGCAUCCGGGACUGGCGCUGGCUGCAGCUGGCCAUUUCCACCCCCUUCUUCAUCUUCUUCCUCUGCGCCUGGUGGAUCCCAGAGUCCGCACGCUGGCUCAUCAUUAACCACAGGCAUGCGAUGGCGCUGAGCAACCUGCAACGGGUGGCCCGGAUCAACCGGAAGCAGCUGGGUGGAGAGAGCAUCUCCCUGGAGAUGUUGGAGAAGGUGGGGGGCAGCCCCACUGGGAAAAGCACCUGCUCCUGUCUGGGCCUCUUCCGCACGCCGGCCAUGAGACGCAUCUCCUGCUGCCUCAUGAGUGUCAGCUUCUCCACCAACCUGGCCUACUUUGGGCUCUCCAUGGACCUGUCAGCCUUUGGCCUGGACAUCUUCCUGGUGCAGACGUUCUUCGGGGCCAUUGACAUCCUGGCCAAGAUGGCCUGUGCCCUGGCCCUGAGCUACUUUGGACGCCGAGCCAUCCAGGCCAGUUCCCUCAUCCUGGCCGGCAUCUUUCUCCUGGGGAACAUCCCUGUGCCCAGAGAGAUGCUGAUGGUGCGACUGGCUCUGGUAGUGCUGGGAAAAGGAUGCCUGGCUGCCUCCUCUGUCUGCUCCUACCUGUAUGGGGGAGAGCUCUUCCCAACUGCUGUCAGGCAGACAGGCACUGGCUUCACCACCGUGAUGGCUCGUCUGGGCGGCAUGGUGGCCCCGGUGGUGCUGGUGGCCGGGCAGCAAUUUCCCUUCUUGCCGCUGGUGAUAUUCGGGGUGGCUCCCAUCGUGUCCGGCAUCGCCGCCUGCUUCCUGCCAGAGAUGCACAACGUCCCCCUGCUGGACACCAUAGAAGAGGUGGAGGACAGAGCCAGGAGGAAAGGCGAGGAGGCGAUCGCCGGGGAGACCAUGGCUCACAUUGUCCACUCAACCAGGAUCUGAGCAGCCUUCCCUGCCCCCAAAGCCCCCAGUCCUGGCCCCCCAAAUGCACAGGUGGAGGCUGCAUCAAAAGGCCCACGUGAAGGGAGGAGCCACCUGCUGCUCCCUUUCCAACUUAGGAAUCAGCCCCCUUAAAGAGACAGGGCAAAUGGGGGGGGCGGGGGAGUCUGAGUUGUGCCACUGAGCUGCCCCCUAGCGGGGGACCCUACACCACACAUGCAGGCAGCCUGUGGGGCAUGGACAGAGCAGGGAGACACCUCCCUGAACAACUUUGCCAGGUGUGACUGUACCGGCUCCCCUUGCUGGUGUAUAUUAGCCUGACGCCCGCCCCUCCCUCCGGCCUGGCAGGGCUGUCAACUGGCUCCUCCCAGUGGUAUGUAUUGGCCUAAAACUCGCUCCUUCCUUCGGCCUGGUGGGGCUAUGAACUGGCUCCCUCUGGUGGUGAAUAUUGGCCUGACACCCGCCCCUCCCUCCAGCCAGGUGGGGCUUUAAACUGUCUCCCGCGGGUGGUGUGUAUUGGCCUGACACCUACCCCUCCUCUGGCCUUGUGGGGCUGUGAACUGGCUCCUUCUGGUGAUGUAUAUUGGCCUGACACCCGCCCGUCCCUCUGGCCUGGCAGGACUGUGAACUGGCUCCCUCUGGUUGUGUGUAUUGGCCUGACACCCACCCCUCUAAAGUGACCCUCCCUACUGGGGGAGGGGAGCUCAGCGUCUGUGGCCCGUCCAGCCAGCAAUGAUGGUUCAUGCGAUGCAGGUUUCUGUCCUACUGCGAGCUGAGACCCAGCCAACAGAUUUCAUAGCUGCUGAUGAGCCACUACCAAGCUGGGCUUGGAUUGGAUCCUGCGGCCGAACUGAUGCUCUGACCCCUUUUGGGGCAAAUUGAGCAGAGUGGGGAGAAGGGCCUGGGGGCUCUGAAGGUGUCGAGGGCUCCCCAUUAGGUGCAAGGGACUGGGGGGCAGCUAGGCAGCUCAGCGAGGCUGUACAGGAGGUGUGGCGGCUGGAUCCAAACUGUAACAUUCACCAAUGGGGCUGGAGUUUGGAGUGACCCCUCUAUGUGGGGUACCAGCCCCCAGGCAGCAGGGACAGAAUGUGUGUGUGGGGGGGUGCCUAGGUGAGAUUUCCUGCACUCGUUCCUGUGGCCUUCUGUACAUUUUGUAAAUGUACUAAGAAAUGUACUCAGCCACACUAAGAAAUUCGCCUUGCUCCAUGUCCCUGAUCCCUGCACACCAACCACCCCAUGGAGUCAGGGCUGGAGCUCCUCUGGAAACAGGGGUGGGGGCAUGUUUCUCCCUCCAGAAAGUGUUGAUAUUUUCGGCAAAAAUCUAAGUAUUUUGACUCUGAAAUGCCACUGCAGUGCCUCAUGGGAGAUGUAGUUUGGCAGCCUCCUGCUCCUGUCUUCUCUGUGAGAUGGGUGCCCUGGCCAGACUACAUCUCCCAUGAUGCACCAUGGUCUCCCCUCUUGUAGAUGGGAAGGGAAUGCAUCUUGGGAAUCCCUGACUGGUGCAUCAUGGGUGAUGUAGUUUGGGUGCCUCAUGCACCCAAUGCACCUUGGCUCCCAGGAUAGACUGCAUUUUCCCAUGAUGCACCACAAUCUCCCCACAUGGGGGUGAUGGGGGUCAGAGGCAGGCAGGCUCCUGCAGGGGUGCUGGGAACCAUAUACAUAGCAGUUUCCACACCCUAAAGAAGCUGCAUCAAGUGCUGGCUACUAGCAGAAGGGGGAGGGGUGUCUGGUGAUAUAAGCACCCCCGUGUUACCCCUGUGCUGUGGUAGGAGACGAGAUCCCCUAGGGGGAUGACUGGAGGGGACAAUCUAGCCCUGGAUACCAGGUGAGUCUCCUGUUCUGAUUAUCCCAGGCAGUAAUCACCAAUCUAUGUGGGGUGGCAGGGCUGCCGAGAGGUGGUGGACAGGUGUAGGGCUAGGGAGGGGUAGAUUGGGGGCACCCCAGGGAAGGGUGGUUGGAGGGGCAGAGAUGGGUGCCCCAAUGGCUGGGGUGGGGCAGAGAAGAGGGAUGUGCAGUGAUAGAUCAACAGACCCACAGUUUAGGCUGCAGGGGGAGGUGAGAAGUGCAUGUGGGUCUUAUCCAGGGUGAUUUUAGAUGAUCUCCCAAGUUUGCUAUGGGGCUGGCCCUGGACUGGAAGAUCUCCUUGGGCUGGUGCCUGCAGGGGCAUUCCUGGCCCCGAUCCCUCCUGGGGGUGUAGGAGGUGCCCCUGCCCACAGAGAUACCACACUGCCCACCCCCAGGGUUGCCAGCUGGAGAGAUGACACGGCCAGCUGAGUGCUGUGGAUGCAAAGCAGAGCAGAGCCCUGACAGAAGCGAAGUGGCGAUGGCCUACCACACAGGAACAGAGCCCCAGCUGUUCAGCAGCAUGUGGGCUGGCUGAUAGGGCAACGCCUUGAACAAAAGGGGCCACUGAUGUGGGGUGCCCAGAGUGACACCCUGGCACUCCAGUAUUCACCACUGUCAUGUAAUUAGGAUAUGUCUUGUACAAGUAUGCCGUGUGAGGUAUCGUUCUAAAAGUCUUGAUCCGCUAGACAGUAAUAUCUCGUUGGAUUGUAUGUUCUAUCGUCAUAUGUGAAGUUCUGAAGCUUGGCUAUGUAUGUGUUACUGAAACAUAUCCUGAGGUUGAGAACACCCACAAGCAGCCUUUCAGGUACAAUAGUAAAAAGGCCAAACAAUGUUAAUGGCUUAUUGAGAAAAUACACACAAGCACAAGGCUUACCCCAGGAACUGCGUACAAUAGAAACCUCUCAGAGAUAGCACUACACAAUGGGAACUGUUUGACCCAGGUCACAGCAAAGGAGCUUUCCAGCAAGUGGGGAGAAGAUAUAAAAGGGGGAAAAUGACAUUAUGAGGAGACCUCACUCUCUCUACAACAACACACCUGGAAACACCUGAGGAACAAAGACUGAACUGUGGGAAGUGAUGGUCACAGGCUAGAAGGAUUUUUAGACUGUGUAUGAAAGCCUGGGAAAGCCAAAGCAACUUGUGCCUAAAGAAUUUGCCAGCCUAUUUAUCACUCAGGGUAAGAAUUUGCUAAUUUAUAUCCUACCCAUCUAGUGUGUUAAGCUCAGUUUGUGUUUUUGUUUAUUUACUAAAGUAAUCUGCUUUGUUCUGUUUGC